GGGGCGGGGGGUGUGGGCGGGAGGCGGCGAGGGGCGGGGCGCGCGGCGGGCGCCCCUCAGGGUCCGUGUGAGGCGGCCGCGGCGGCGCUGGGACCGGCCCGCGAUGGACUGACCGCGGCCGGUGCCGCCCGCCCCCCCCGCCUCGCCGGCUGUUUAGCGGGGCGACUGCCUGAGCCCCGCUGCCCGCCCGAGGGCCGCCACCUCGGGAGUGUCGCAGGGGCUCGGCGGAGGAGCGCGCCCCGGCCGGCGGAGCAGGCAGGAGGAGCCCCCCCUCGGGGGAGGGGCUGGCGCUGGGUGCCCGGCUGCCGGGCGCGGGGAGCGGAGAGAUGGCGGAGGGGAGAGCCCGGCGGCUCCUGGGUUCCCUUUGGAUCGCCCUUCUCCUCGGGCAGCCGGACCCGGCCGGCGCCGCCGCUCGGAGCGGCUCCCAGAGCCUCCACACAGGCUCCCUCGUGAGAACCUUCACUCCUUUUUACUUCCUGGUGGAGCCAACGGACAUUCUGUCAGUUCGUGGAGCCUCUGUUAUAAUGAACUGCUCAGCUUAUUGUGAAACCUCCCCAAAAAUCGAAUGGAAAAAAGAUGGGACUUUCCUCAACCUGGUGUCAGAUGACCGGCGCCAGUUGCUACCAGAUGGAUCUUUAUUAAUAAACAGUGUGGUGCAUUCCAAGCAUAAUAAACCUGAUGAAGGAUAUUAUCAAUGUGUGGCAACUGUGGAAAGCCUGGGGACCAUUGUCAGCAGGACAGCAAAGCUCACUGUAGCAGGCCUUCCCAGGUUCAGCAGUCAGCCCGAAGCCUCGUCUGUACCUAGAGGAAGCAGUGCAAUCCUGAACUGUGAAGUGAAUGCUGACCUUGCGCCGUUUGUGAGGUGGGAGCAGGAGCGGCAGCCGCUCCUCCUGGAUGAGCGUGUGUUUAAGUUACCGAGUGGAGCUCUCAUCAUCAGCAAUGCUACUGACACGGAUGGAGGCCUCUAUCGCUGCGUCAUUGAGAGCGGGGGAACCCCCAAGUACAGUGAUGAAGCAGAGCUCAAAGUUCUGCCAGAUCCGGAGGAGCCGCAGGACUUGAUAUUUGUGAGACAGCCCUCUUCACUUACGAAGCUUAUUGGGCAAAAUGCAGUUUUCCCAUGCGUUGCUGUAGGAUUUCCAGUUCCUUAUAUCAGGUGGACAAGAAACGAAGAAGAGCUUAUCACAGAAGGCUCUGGAAGGUUUCUCCUGCUUGCGGGGGGCAGCCUGGAGAUCAGCGAGGUUACUGAGCAGGAUGCUGGGACCUACACCUGCAUAGCGGACAAUGGAAAUGACACCAUUGAGGCUCAAGCAGAACUUACAGUUCAAGUUCUUCCUGAGUUUCUGAAGCGACCGGCAAAUAUUUAUGCCUAUGAAUCUAUGGACAUUGUCUUUGAGUGUGAGGUGACUGGAAAGCCUACUCCAACUGUGAAAUGGGUCAAGAACGGAGACAUGGUUAUCCCAAGUGACUAUUUCAAAAUCAUUAAAGAACAUAAUCUGCAAGUUUUGGGUCUGGUGAAGUCAGAUGAAGGAUUCUAUCAGUGCAUUGCAGAAAAUGAUGUCGGAAAUGCACAGGCUGGAGCCCAGCUGAUAAUACUUGACCUUGAUGUUGCCAUCCCAACAUUACCUCCCACUUCACUGACCAGUGCCACUAAUGACCAUCUAGCACCAGCGACAACAGGACCACUGCCUUCAGCCCCGCGGGACGUUGUGGCCACCCUCGUCUCCACUCGCUUCAUCCGGCUGACGUGGCGGACGCCUGUAUCUGACCCUCAAGGAGACAACCUCACCUAUUCAAUCUUCUACACCAAGGAAGGUAUAAACAGGGAACGUGUCGAAAAUACAAGUCGUCCUGGAGAGACACAAGUGAUGAUCCAAAACCUGAUGCCAGAAACAGUUUAUGUGUUUCGAGUUGUGGCUCAGAACAAGCAUGGCCCUGGGGAGAGCUCAGCACCACUGAAAGUGGCAACACAGCCUGAGGUUCAGCUUCCUGGUCCAGCACCCAACAUCCGAGCGUUGGCCACUUCCCCCACCUCCGUUACUGUGACCUGGGAAACGCCGCUGUCUGGCAAUGGUGAAAUCCAGAACUACAAACUCUACCACAUGGAGAAGGGGCAGGACACUGAGCAGGAUGUUGAUGUAGCAGGACUCUCCUACACCAUUAACGGGUUAAAGAAAUACACCGAGUACAGUUUCCGUGUGGUAGCUUACAACAAGCAUGGCCCCGGUGUCUCCACCCAGGAUGUUGUUGUGCGAACACUGUCAGACGUCCCCAGUGCUCCGCCACAGAAUCUGACGCUGGAGGUCCGCAAUUCCAAGAGCAUCAUGCUUCACUGGCAGCCUCCUCCUGCAGGGACACACAGUGGACAGAUCACUGGCUACAAGAUCCGCUACCGUAAGGUGUCCCGCAAGAGCGACGUAACCGAGAGCAUCGGUGGGACCCAGCUCUAUCAGCUCAUUGAAGGUCUUGAACGAGGCACAGAAUACAGCUUCCGAGUAGCUGCCCUGACUGUCAACGGUACCGGACCAGCGACCGACUGGGUGUCAGCAGAAACAUUUGAGAGUGAUCUGGAUGAAACCCGUGUUCCUGAAGUUCCCAGUUCCCUACACGUCCGUCCGCUUGUCACCAGCAUUGUAGUGAGCUGGACUCCUCCUGAAAACCAGAAUAUCGUGGUGAGAGGCUACGCGAUCGGGUACGGCAUCGGCAGCCCUCACGCCCAGACCAUCAAGGUGGACUACAAACAGAGAUACUACACCAUCGAAAACCUAGACCCAAGCUCCCACUAUGUCAUAACUCUGAAAGCGUUUAACAACGUUGGGGAAGGGAUCCCUCUCUACGAGAGCGCGGUGACCAGGCCUCACUCGGACACUUCCGAGGUUGAUUUGUUUGUUAUUAAUGCUCCAUACACUCCAGUGCCAGAUCCGUCUCCCAUGAUGCCACCAGUGGGAGUUCAGGCUUCCAUCCUGAGUCAUGACACCAUACGGAUCACUUGGGCAGACAACUCUCUGCCGAAGAACCAGAAGAUCACAGACGCUCGCUACUACACAGUGCGCUGGAAAACCAAUAUUCCUGCUAAUACCAAGUACAAGACUGCCAACGCCACCACUUUGAGCUAUUUAGUGACUGGGUUAAAGCCAAACACCUUGUAUGAAUUCUCUGUAAUGGUGACUAAAGGGCGAAGAUCAAGUACUUGGAGUAUGACGGCGCAUGGAACGACUUUUGAAUUAGUUCCUACUUCUCCUCCCAAAGACGUGACUGUGGUGAGCAAAGAGGGAAAACCUCGGACAAUAAUUGUCAACUGGCAGCCUCCAUCAGAAGCCAACGGCAAAAUCACAGGAUACAUCAUUUACUAUAGUACGGAUGUGAAUGCUGAAAUACACGAUUGGGUUAUCGAACCCGUCGUGGGAAACAGACUGACCCAUCAGAUACAGGAGCUGACUCUCGACACACCCUAUUACUUCAAAAUUCAGGCCCGCAACUCCAAGGGCAUGGGGCCAAUGUCUGAGGCAGUUCAGUUCAGGACACCAAAAGCUGAAUCCUCAGAUAAAAUGCCUAAUGAUCAAGCUUUAGGGUCUGCAGGGAAAGGAAGCCGCCCCGUGGACAUAGGACCAGAUUACAAACCACCGCUGGGCGGCAGUAACAGUCCCCAUGGAAGCCCAACCUCUCCCUUGGACAGCAACAUGCUCCUUGUGAUCAUAGUGUCCGUUGGAGUGAUCACCAUUGUGAUCGUGGUGAUAGUCGCCGUCUUCUGCACCCGUCGUACAACUUCUCACCAAAAGAAGAAACGAGCUGCCUGCAAAUCAGUGAAUGGGUCCCACAAGUACAAAGGAAACUCCAAAGAUGUCAAACCUCCUGACCUUUGGAUCCAUCAUGAAAGACUGGAGCUGAAACCCAUUGAUAAAUCUCCAGAUCCCAAUCCGAUCAUGACCGAUACCCCAAUCCCUCGCAACUCCCAGGACAUCACCCCAGUUGAUAAUUCCAUGGACAGCAAUAUCCAUCAACGGCGGAAUUCCUACAGAGGGCAUGAGUCAGAGGAUAGCAUGUCCACACUGGCAGGAAGAAGGGGGAUGAGGCCCAAGAUGAUGAUGCCUUUUGAUUCUCAACCACCUCAGCCUGUGAUUAGUGCUCAUCCCAUCCAUUCACUCGAUAACCCUCACCAUCAUUUCCACUCCGGCAGCCUCGCUUCUCCAACUCGCAGCUAUCUCCAUCACCAGGUCAACCCGUGGCCCACUGGCACAUCCAUGUCCCAUUCAGACAGGGUCAAUUCCACAGAAUCUGUUCGAAACACGCCCAGCACAGACACCAUGCCGGCUUCCUCAUCCCAGACCUGUGCUGACCACCAGGACCUGGAAAGCACCACAGGGUCCUACCUGGCUAAUGCACAAGAUGAGGACUCGGCUCAGAACCUCCCCACGGCCCAUGUCCGUCCUUCCCACCCGCUGAAGAGCUUUGCAGUGCCAGCAGUUCCACCUGCCGGUUCCUCCUAUGACCCUGCACUGCCCAGCACGCCCCUGCUGACGCAGCAAGCUCUUACCCAUCCAGUUCACUCGGUGAAGACUGCGUCAAUUGGGACUUUAGGAAGAACUCGACCUCCUAUGCCCGUGGUAGUUCCCAGUGCCCCUGAUGUGCAGGAGACCACCAGGAUGCUUGAGGACUCGGAAAGCGUAGACAAGAAGUCACCUUCUCAGUCCCUCGUUCCAUCUCCCACAGAACUACGAACCGGAUGAGCUGACCAAAGAGAUGGCCCACCUGGAAGGACUUAUGAAGGACCUUAAUGCCAUCACUACAGCAUGACCGCCCUCGCCGGGACAUGACUCCAGACAGUGUCACAAGUCUUGGGACUCAGCCUUGGAACACAAGGAAUUGUACAGAGGAAAAAAAGAGGGGGGGGGAGGGGGAAGGAGGAAAAAAAAAGGUAAAAAAAAAAUGGAAAACCGGAAAGAGAGACAGCACAUAGAAACAAAUGAACCAACCAGCAUUUGUGCUGCAGCUGGUCAAAAAGAGAUGACCCUUCUUGUCAUUGUCCUGCAAUGAAGUCAUUGCCAAGUUGAAUUCCAGUGACCUGCUGAGACCGUGCAGGAUGGGAUGCAACAGGCUCAGAUCCAGCAUCCAGACAAAAGGAAAGAAAGUGGACUUGAGGGUUGUUUUAUUUCUGGUCAGGUUUUGUCUCAGUGGUGUGAUUGCCCUGCCUUUUCAGUGUUGGACAUUGGCAUUUAUGUACAAUUUUAUUUGUGUUUUUAUUUUAACUUUUUUUAUAAAAAGGAAAAAAAAUAUUGUAAUAAAAAAAGGAAGAAGAAGAAAAAGGAGAAACUGUUGUUUUCCACAGCCUAGACUGAAGUUUGACUGCUUGUUCUAUUGUGUAUGGAAAUUCAUUGCCAGUGUGGGUUGUUCUGUUUUGUUUUUUACCCUGCUAUACUGAUGUCCCCUUCUGGCAGUUAAUCCAUGGCCUUUUGGGAUGCUGCACUGCUCUUUGUAAGCUUUUUUUAUUAUUUUUAUAUUAUAAUUAUUAAAAGCCUGACUUUCUCCUCUCAUCACUGUGAGAUUCCCGCUCUGUUUGAAUUGAAAUGUAAUUUAAAAGGCUUAUUUGUCGCUUUUUGUGCCGUUUCAAUAUUUUGAGUGGGGGGAAAAGUAGCUGGGGAAGGGGAGGGGAUCCAGUGGGAGAUUUCAUUAUUGUUGGUUUCCUGUCUUUCUCCAUGGACCCGAAAGACUGAAGAAAAUGAAAGCAUCUUCUGUAACGUCCUUCCUUGUACCUUCAGCAUACUGUGUCUCUGGUUACUGAAUUGCAGUGAGAGUCUCAUUUAGAAACAUUAAAAAUCCUAAUUCCUCCUGUAAAGUAAGGUAAAUCCUUAUGUUCAGAUGACACUACAGCUUACUUUGGCUCUGUUUUGUUGGUGUUAGUGGAAAGUUCACUUCAUGAAGCUCUGAAGUGCAGAUGGAGCUCACUGAGCAGGGAGGCAGCAGCUCCUCGCUGGCGGUGCUUAGUUUGGGGUCUGAGGACCUGUUCUCAUCAGCACUACACCAUAUCGUACUUCUCAGAACACUACAGGUGUUCCCACCCCUCAAAGUGCCACCCAGUGCAAGUUCUCUAUCCCAGGCCAUUUAAACAAGAGCCCUUCCCUUAAGGAAGGACUUCUGUCUCUUCUCAGAGACAGAAGCAAGGCAAAAAUGUAUUUUUUUCUUACACUUUUGAAACCCAGUUGAGACGAAAACCAGUGUUUGUGACUCGGCUGCUGGGCGCAGAGCUGUCCGGAAAGGAAGGGAAGAUAAAAGCAAACUUCUAUGUGAGGGGAGGAAAAGGGGGUUUUCUUUGUCCCUGGCUCCGUCAUACUCUCUGAGGAGGAAUGGCAUGAAGAGAGGGACUGUAUUUUAGUCAUUUUAACAAGGCCAGGUUGGAUGGGACUUGGAGCAACCUGCUCUAGUGGAAUGUGUCUCUGCCUGUGGCAGGGGGUUGGAACUGGAGGAGCUUUGAGGUCCCUUCCAACCCAAGAAGUUGUCUCUGGGCAGUCUGUAACAGGUUGCCCAGAGAAGCUGUGGCUGCCCCAUCUCUGCAGACAUUCAAGGCCAGGGUGCAUGUGGUUCCAAGCAACCUGGUCUGGUGGAAAGUCCCUGCUUAUUGCAGGGGUUUGGACUAGAUCCCCUUCCAACCUAAACUAUUCUAUUUUAUGAUGAUUUUAGGUAAAAAAAAGAAAAUGCACUCAGCUGCCUGAGGAACUCGUGCCAUUUUGCUUUUAAGCUGAAAGAAACCUCAGAACUUACUAAUGAUUCAGAUGGAGAACCUGCUACUCCUGAGCAGUCAGAUUUGGGAGCUGGGACACGCAGGUAACAGGCAUUCCAGGUGAGAGGUGCUGCUGCUGUAGUCCUCAGUGUCUCUGCUGGAUGUCUGGACCUGUUAGAGCAGUAAGAGGAAAUGCUGCUGUCAUCUGCUUAAGUUUUAAACCCAAGAACUUUGCUUCAUUUAUGUUCUUUCAUCCCUCAGGCUAAAGCUCUGGGCCUGUUUUCAUAGUCCCUGUCAAUAGAAGGGAGAGCCAAGGAAUCCUCCCAGAGAGCAGCAGGGCUUGUGUUGUACCUUUAUGUCCUUUCUGUUCCUGGACUCUUCGUGGCAUCACUUCUAGGACAUUUGCUGGAUUUCUUUGUUGUUUGAGGGGGGAGGAAAGGAAGUGAAUCAGAGCACCAUGGGCCACCUGGAAAAUGAUGUUUGAAACUUUUAAUCAAUACAAUUCAGGGCAAAAUAAGCUACAGAAUAUGUAUUUAAAUACUAAAAUCCACACCCUGUCCUGAAAGGGAGGGGAAUGUUUUCCUUUGCCUAUUUUUUACCUAUACCCAAAGAAAUGCCAUCCUACAUACACAAUAUUCUUAGCUGGUGGGUCUUUGUGAAUAUUACUUCUGUAUAACAACAUGGAUGUUAAUAUUGUCAUUGAAUUUGGGGAGGGGGAAUAUUUUUAAUGCUAAAACAACUGUUCAAAGUUGGGUUUUUUAAGGUUAAACAAAAAAAAAGAAAAACAUUCAAUUCAAUGUACAAUCUGUAUUGCACUUUUUCACGUUUUAAUGCUACAUUUUCUUACAUAUACUGUGAUUUUCAAUUUGGGACAUUGUGUAUCCUUGUAGUGUCAUAGUCAAGCUGGUAAGUGACAGCUUCCCUCAGCCAUUUGGGGAAAAACAAACCAAACCUGUAUAUUGUUUUCUGAUUCUCAUGUAGACUAUUUUGAGGACUGCUGUAGAUGUCUACCUUUCUGUACCAUUUAUUUGCUUUCCUGUAGUAUUUGCUGUAUACUCGAUGGCUUUUUUUAAUACCUUCAUGUUUAUUAUUUUGUAUUGGCCAUCCAAUACACUUUUUUUAAUCCAAUCCAA